CCUGGCGCAGCCUGCGGGGCGGGCUCUGGGCUGGUGGCGGCGGCUCGCUGUGCCCCGUGAUAUCUCUGACGGAGCUCAAACCCCGCUCGGCCUUCCCUUCCUCACGCCGUCUGUCUGUCUGCGGUGGCGGAGGCAGAGCCUUUUCGCAGCGGGCUGGCAGCUCCCUUGGCCAGGCGAGGACAGAGUCGGUGUGAAGACCAGGGAGAGGGACGGAAUAAACAGUAUGAAAUUCAUUGCUGCUUAUUACGUACUGCCUCUCUUUCCUGCUCUGGUCCUUGGCGCUAGACAGAGCUAUGAAGAACUGGAAAGACAGCUAAAAGAAGUCUUUAAGGAAAGGACCAACAUACUUCAGCAACUCCUAAAGACUUCUAAAGAACUUCAGGGAAUUAAAGUAAACCUCCAGUCUUUAAAAAAUGAUGAAACAUCAACCAAAAAGGAUGUGCACAAACUUCUGGAACUGGGCCAAAACCAAAGGAAAAUGAAAUCUCUCCAGGAAGCCUUUCAAAAGCAGCUUAAUGAGGCAGCAGAGAAAGCAGAGAAGCAGCAGGCUACCAUUAACUUUUUGAAGACUGAAAUGGAAAGGAAGAGCAAAAUAAUACGAGACCUCCAAAAUGAGAACAAAAGUCUCAAAAACAAGCUCUUGUCAGGAAACAAGCUUUGUGGUAUUCAUGCAGAAGAGUCAAAAAAGAUCCAAGCCCAGCUGAAAGACCUCCAUUAUGGGAAAAAGGAUUUGAUUUUUAAGGCACAACAGCUAACAGAUCUGGAGCAAAAACUAUCAGCUGCAAAAGACAAAUUGGAAAAUGCAGCCCUUGACAAAGAGUCACAGCUGAAAGCUCUGAAGGAGACUGUGGAGCUUUGCCUGUCUUCUGUUCUGCACAAUCAGCCUCCCACAGUUAAUGUAACCUCUUCAAAACCAGCUGAGAAGCUGACUUCCUCAAAUACAAAGGGCUCCAAAGUUCCAUUUCAAGUGGCAAGCACCAAGGUCUGGCAAAAUGUCUCAUUGGAGAAAGAGAAUUUUCAUGUGGCCUUGAAAAAGAAAGAAAAUCAGAGCACCCAAGAGUGUGAUUCUCAAGAUAUUGCCAAGACAUGUUUGGGGAGUCGUAAUGAUUCAACAUCUCAUUUGAAGGCAGCAGAAACAGAGACAAGCUUUCAGAAGUUGCACAGCCCUCCAUGGACUAAAACUGAAGAUAAAAAAUCACCAGAAAAAAAUGAGAAAAAGUAUGAAGAAUCAGUUAGUACACAAGGAAAAAACCUCUAAAUGGUACUAAUCUAGAUUGAAAAAUGCCAAUCGCUUCCGUCCGCAUGUUCUGUUAGCACAAAGGCAUGAAAUGUCCCAGAUUUCAAAAGCAUGUAUUUUUCACUGUUUUAUGAAUGUCUGUAAAUGAGUCUAGAACAGACCAAUUAGUACCUUACAGCAAUAAUCCAAAAUGGAUGUUUGAAGAAAUGUUUUGUAAUGCAGUCCAGUUUUUGAACUCUUGUUCUACCUUUUCAGUAAUUGUAUACUAUAAAUUACCUUCUUUCUAAGUAGUCAUUCUCAAGUAUUUUCUCAGUCUGUUUUAUUUAAUGUAAUUUUGUGGCAGAUUAGGUUCAAAGAUUAAAGGGCAGUCAGUGUGUGUGGGUGGAGGGGGGGAAAUAUCUGUGUAACCACAUAUGAAGUACAAUCCUUAAGUGCAACUGUAAAGAGAACUGUGCAUGGGGGUCCAUGUAUACUUACAUUUCAAUAAUUCUAUUUCAAAUCUGCUUCUUUACACAAUAAAUAUGUUUAUUUUGUUCUUUUUUUUCCUCACUGCUAUUUUAACUAGACCAUUUUUAAACACUGAAAAGCUGACAGAAUCGGAGUUUAAGGGAUGGAGGUAGAGAGAAUCAUUACUCCCGGGAUUCAAGCAAAAAAAUUCACAGGUGUUACUGAGUUACAGUUUCAUAGUUUGGAUGGCAGCCAUGGGAAGGCAGCUUCAUCCCUUACAUUUGUGCUGACCUCAACAGGAUAAAAUUUACUUUAAAGGAUAAAACCCUAUUUUGUCCACUACAGCUGGACUUUCAUCACUCCAUCAGGGAGAAGCAUAUUGAUUGGAGUAAGCUCUGUCAUUCAUGGAUUCUUUUGGUUUCUCCUUAGUCACAUACUUUAUGACAAGAAAGCAGAAAGAAAGGGAGAAGGAAGAGAGAAUGUUUUGUUUUGUUUGUGUGUAUGUCUAAUUAUUGUCUAAUUUAAGAAUUCUUAUGCUAUAUCUUGUUGAGAUGCAAAUCUUUCAAGAACAGUAAGAACAGUAAAUUGCCUGAUGCAAUGCUAUGCAAGAAGUGUUUUAAGCAGUUAGAACUUGUAAACUUCCACCUUUGUUGUAAUGCACACAGAAGCACAUUUUUUAGUAGAUUCAAAGUAGUUAUACUAAUUUAGUUUUGCUUGCUUUGUAUCAGUUUGAAAGCAAAUAGACAAAUCUUUUAUUUGGCUUAGUGGUGCUCCGUCUUCAGUUUUAGUAUUUAAGAUUUUACCUCUCCUUCAACAGUCUCCUUCAAUAUCUGCCUCUUCCUUGCUGGUAUGAAUAAUCUUUUACCCUGACACUUGGUAUAUGUUCCUCUACUCAAAGGCAGGUAGUUGCAGAAUGCAGAAAAUACAAUUUUAUAAAGAAAAAACCUAAUGAGCUGAACAAAUGAUGACAAAAUACAACUUAAGACUAUCCAUGUUAAGGGUCAAAAGAAGUGAAAUUGUGACCACAAAAUAAAUCAGAAAAGAGAUGGGGCUUUAGCAUUGAUCCUAAAUCUUGCUGAAGACAGUCUGCUGUCUUUCAAAAUUUUCAGUGAGCAAGAGACUUGUCAUAUCUACAGCUGGCAUUAAUUUCUAAUGAUGCCAAAAGCAACAUUUCUUUGCAUAUGACACACCUUAGCUGAAAAGGUCACUGAAACUGUUUCAGUCAUCUCUGAAGAAAGGAUCUCCACUGCAGAGUGGUUUAAGCCCUCCAGCAGGACAAAAGCCUGUGAACACAAAUCUUCCUGUAGUUUUAGAAAGAAGCCUUUGUCAAUACGGUCCCGUUCAUCAGGCAGCCUGCAGUACAUACCAACCACAAGGUUCCUUUGCUGCCUUGGCCACUGAUUCUUACCUACAGGCUUCUGACUUGCUCAUAACUGUUCUUCAAAGACACCUCCUCACUCCUCUUCUUGAUUUAAGAGGGCAAUCCCUACAUCUCUCCUUCCUUCCUUCUGAACUGUAGCUAUCUGUAUCUAUCUGUAGCAAUCAGUAGUGAUGCUGCAGUCAUGGGAUUCAUCCCACCAAGUUCCAGUAAAGUUCCAAGUUCCAGUAAUGCAACAAGGUCAUAACUUUCUAGUAGCACAGUGGCUUCCAGCUCCUUCUGUUUGUUGCCCAUGCUGCAUGCGCUGAUGUAAAGGCACCUCAGCUUGCCUGUCAGCCAUGUCACCUUCCCAGAAGAACAACCCUUUUCUUCCUUUGACAUACUUUUCUGGAGAAUCCCUGUCAGCUUUUGUUACCUUAGGAGUCCCCAGCUUGUCCCCAUAAGACUGCAAGUGCAUUCCAGUGCAGCUUACUUCAAAGUCAUGGGAGUGGACUAUCAGUUUUACCCCCAAUACUUGCUUGGCCUGCCAGGGCUCAUCUCUUCCACCAAGAUUUUAUUGCCUUUCCCCUUCACAGCUAUUUUAAAUCCCUUCCAAUCAGCCCUGCUAACUCAAGGGCUAGAAUCCUUUUUUUUGCUUUAAAACAGGUGAACCACAUCUGUCUCCAUCAGGUCUGAUGCUAUAUAAAUCACUCCAUAGUUAAAAAAAGCAAAUUCUACCAAUACCACCAGUCUCUAAGCCACACAUUGAUCAUGCGGCUUCUCCUGUUCCUUUUUGCAUUCUUCCUUGAUACUAAAGGACUUGAGGAAAACACCACCUGUGCUCCUUUUCCUUCAACCCCUUGCCCCAGUGCUCUGAAGUUCUUGUGAUUGUGAUAGGAUUUCUCUCAUCAACCUUGUCGCUGCCAACCUGGACAACAAGCACUGGGCAAUAAUCAGAGGGCUGAAUCAUUCCAGGGAGUUUCCUGGCAAUACCCCUUACCUGUGGUAAUUGCAAGUACAGAGAGCUCUCAGGGCCUUGUGCAUACAGGCUCAGAGAUAGAGAUGGAUACCGUGUUUGACCUAAGACCUUGGAGAAGGCUUGGAGGAUUAGAACAUUAAAAAUAAAGCAGACAUCAAACAAGAAUGUAAGUUUGUAGUUUAAGUAGAAAUAUGUUUUAAGCAGAGAUAUGCAUAAUUAAGCAAAACAAUAUGUUAAGUAAGAGAGUAAAAGAUUUUAAAGUUUAGCAAUAAAACCUGUUAUAAAAUUAGUUAGAAACUUAAGAUGCAUCAACGUAGGAUUGUGAAGUGUUAUAGGAUUGGUUAAAAAUGACGCAUUGCAGCAAAGCCACAAAAAGCAAAGCAAUUAAUGAUUGGUAUAAAAAGAUAUUACGAAGUUUCCUAGAAGUAUAUGAUUGGCUGAAAAACUAACAUAAGGCAUUGUAACUAAGAAUUAGACGGAUUCUGAUAUUAUGCCAUUAAAUGUAACAUCUUUAAUGUCUCACCAUUCUAUGAGACUGGUGCCAUGAGGCAAUAAAACAUCUUUUAAAAAGUC